UCCCACCUCAGUUCCCUUGGCCUAUAAAUAUCUUCAGAAGCCGCACUUGUCUUGAUCGAAAACACAAACCACACUGCUCCCUCUAUCUUCUCUCCACUAUUAUUCAGGAGUUCACAAACUUCCUCAACACUGAACCAAAACCAGAGCGAUUCGAUUUUUGAUUUUCAUUUUGAUAAAUAAUAAUUACAGAGUGUUAUGGACUCUAAUUACACAGUGCAUCUAGCGAUGGCGGCGCUAGUCGGAGCGUCGUUAGUGGCGGUUUCCGCUUACUAUAUGCAUCGUAAAACCCUAACUCAGUUACUGGAGUUUGCUAAAACUGUUGAGCGAGACAGAGAGCGAGAUUAUAACUCUGAUGAUGGAGGAGAUGUCUCGCCUCACCAUUUGAAGCAGAAACGGCGUAAUCGGCACGACGGUGGUGGUGGUACUGGCGGGAGGAGGAAGGGGAACGGGUACUAUUACCGGCGUAGCUCUGCUUCUUUGCCUGAUGUAACUGUCAUUUCCGGUGGCGGCGGUGGUGAUGGAGAUGAGAAAUGGAUUGGUCCGGCUCAUGUUGAUGGUAUUCCGGUUGGAUUACCUCGGCUUCAUACGUUGCCUGAAGGAAAAGCUGCUAGCCAUCCGAAGAGAAGUCUUAUUAGACCAACAUCUCCAAAAUCUCCUGUUGCUAGUGCAAGUGCAUUUGAGAGUAUGGAAGGAUCAGAUGAAGAAGAUAAUCUGACUGACAAUUCUAAGCUAGAUACUACGUAUUUGCACGCUAAUGGGAAUGCUGGUCCUGUAGUCGAACAUGUUAAUGCCAAUGGGGAGCAGAUUGUUAUACCUGCUUCGAGCAUGAUUCGAUCCCAUAGUGUAUCUGGUGACCUGCAUGGUGUUCAGCCCGAUCCAAUUGCAGCUGAUAUUCUAAGGAAAGAACCAGAACAUGAAACUUUUGCACGGUUAAAAGUCAGCCCCACAGAGGUGCCAUCACCUGAUGAAGUGGAGGCAUAUAUAGUUCUUCAAGAAUGCCUUGAAUUGCGAAAGAGGUAUGUAUUCCAAGAAGCAGCUGCUCCAUGGGAGAAAGAAGUCAUUUCUGACCCUGGGACACCAAAGCCUAAUCUUGAGCCCUUCUUCUACGCUUCAGAGGGGAAGUCUGAUCAUUUUUUUGAGAUGCAAGAUGGCGUCGUUCACGUUUAUCCAAAUAAAGAUUCUGAGGAAGAACUCUUUCCUGUGGCUGAUGCAACCACCUUCUUCACUGAUUUGCAUCAUAUACUUAGAGUUAUUGCAGCUGGGAAUAUCAGAACGUUAUGCCAUCAUCGGUUGAACCUUUUGGAACAAAAAUUCAAUCUGCAUCUGAUGCUUAAUGCGGACAGGGAAUUUCUUGCUCAAAAAAGUGCCCCUCAUCGGGACUUUUAUAAUGUCAGGAAGGUUGAUACACAUGUUCACCAUUCAGCAUGCAUGAACCAGAAGCAUCUUUUAAGAUUCAUAAAGUCAAAAUUGAGGAAAGAGCCUGAUGAGGUUGUAAUAUUUCGUGAUGGGACAUACUUGACUUUGAAAGAAGUUUUUGAGAGCUUGGAUUUGACUGGGUAUGAUCUUAAUGUUGAUCUUUUGGAUGUUCAUGCUGACAAGAGCACAUUUCAUCGUUUUGACAAAUUCAACCUUAAGUAUAAUCCAUGUGGUCAGAGUAGGCUCAGGGAGAUCUUUCUUAAGCAGGAUAAUCUUAUCCAAGGACGUUUCCUUGCUGAGGUGACUAAACAAGUGUUUUCUGAUCUUGGUGCAAGUAAAUAUCAGAUGGCUGAAUAUCGAAUAUCAAUAUAUGGUCGAAAGCAAAGCGAAUGGGAUCAAAUGGCAAGCUGGAUAGUAAAUAAUGAAUUGUACAGUGAGAAUGUUGUCUGGUUAAUUCAGCUUCCAAGACUGUACAAUAUCUACAAGGACAUGGGAAUUGUGACAUCGUUUCAGAAUAUUCUUGACAAUAUCUUUAUUCCGCUCUUUGAGGUUACUGUGGAUCCAGAUUCACAUCCUCAGUUGCAUGUUUUUUUAAAACAGGUGGUUGGAUUGGAUUUGGUUGACGAUGAAAGCAAACCUGAAAGACGCCCCACAAAGCAUAUGCCCACACCAGCUCAAUGGACCAAUGCGUUUAAUCCUGCAUUUUCAUACUAUGUGUAUUAUUGUUAUGCAAACCUAUACACAUUGAACAAGCUUCGUGAAUCGAAGGGCAUGACCACUAUCAAAUUACGCCCGCAUUCUGGAGAGGCUGGUGACAUUGACCACCUUGCUGCAACAUUUCUUACUUCUCAUAACAUAGCCCAUGGUAUCAAUCUGAGAAAAUCUCCCGUUCUUCAGUAUUUGUACUACCUAGCACAGAUUGGUCUAGCAAUGUCUCCUCUGAGCAACAAUUCAUUAUUUUUGGACUAUCAUCGGAACCCUUUCCCUACGUUUUUCCUACGUGGCCUCAAUGUUUCUCUUUCAACAGAUGAUCCGCUCCAAAUCCACCUAACAAAAGAACCGUUGGUGGAAGAAUAUAGCAUUGCUGCUUCUGUUUGGAAGUUAAGUUCGUGCGAUUUAUGUGAGAUUGCCCGAAAUUCAGUUUACCAAUCAGGUUUCUCACAUGCUUUGAAGUCCCACUGGAUUGGUAAAUCAUACUACAAGAGGGGACCAGAUGGAAAUGACAUACACAGGACAAAUGUGCCUCAUAUCCGUUUGGAAUUCCGUGAUACAAUAUGGAGGGAGGAGAUGCGGCAAGUUUAUCUUGGCAAUCCCAUCAUCCCUGAAGAUGUGGACAAAUAAACAUAGAGGACUUUCCCUGGUCCCUCGAUGUGAUCAUACACCAUUAUAUAGAAAAUGGAAGAUUUCUGAAGACGCGGUAAAUUUUUGACAAGGGAAGUAUUGCCCUGGUUAUACUCAGCGAGAUGUAACAAUAAUCGAUGAACAUCUCGGGGAAAGUUGAACAAGGUUGGAGAACUAACAUUGUUGACUUUGAGAGCGGAAUCUCUAUGACAGCGACAAGAUGCUGACCUUAUGCUGGCUGAAAUAACUGUGAGUUCGAUAGUUUAAUGCGGAAAUGAUGCCAUAUAAUCAUAGGAUGAAUUUAGAAUAUAGUAGAGUCUGUAAUAAGUAAUAUCCAUGACGAAGAAGAGAAGGCUCAUCUGUUUGUCGAAUUUUGAUGGGAUUCAUGUUUUUCCUCAUCAACUGAAUUUUGUUGUGCUGGGCGCAGUUUAGCAAUUGAAACUCUCUUGUUGUAUUUUCCUAAUAAUUAAGCAUUUGUUAUUUAUGGUAGAAAAAAAUAAAAUUAUACGGAGUGCCUUUUUUA